UAUGUUAUGUGCCGUUUUGAGUCUCAUUAUUAUAAAAAACAAGCACUGCUGUAGCGACAUAUUAUUCUGUCCAUGACGUGACAGUUUGAAUUUGAACACUCCACGACUUAUUUUUCUCGUUUUCAGGGACAAAUUCCUAAACGGCAAGUCACUCUUCGAGUAUGACGAUGAAUGGCGAAACGUCACACAGAGUUCCGAAAGUUGGGACACACGCUUCGACAAAUACUGGCUGCCUGCACUCUUCUCCGAGGGAUUUCUACAUCGAACUCAAGAGUUCAACGAAACGUUAAAGAGGCUCAGGAAAGCAUACCAGGUAUAUAUGAGCAACUAUGUAAGCCCGUCGGGUCCUCUCUUGGCCAUCCCAUCAGACGAGGAAGAUCAGUUAUACGGUGAAAAAGAAAUGAAGACUGCCUUCCUCAUGUUAUUUAAUGGUCCUCACAUGGGUUUAUCCAAGAUACUCAGAAAUGCCUACAACAUAAGCGACCUUCACCAUCGAUUCAGGAACACAUCGUUCACUUUCAACCAAUUCCUGCGUCACGUGGUCUGGAGUCAUGACAUGGGCAUGCCCGAUCAACACUGGAUGACCUACACAGAGACAUGGGACCCUUGCAGGAUGAAGUUCGACUACAUUCUCAAGUUGGAGACGAUCAAAGAGGAGAUGGAACACUUGUUCUGCGGGGUGUUGGGCUUCCAGGAGAUCAACUACCCGGUGAAGCACCGCAGCAACGGCCAUGUUCUCGGCCGUUUUGACCAGGAGUACUAUGCGAACGUGAGAAAGGAGCUGAUGGACCAAUUGCUCUAUAUUUACAGAGACGACUUUGCUAUCUUCGGCUACAGUCAAGACCUGUAGUGCACGCUACGAAAAAAAAAAAAAAAAGGUUCUUCGGAGCUUCUGGCUAGAUCGAUGUGGGACUCUUCGAUUGAUAUUAAAUAAGAAAAUAACAAUUGUAAC